GGGGAGCCCCACGGGAACUGGGGGCCACUGGCACCGUGGCUUCACCCGGGGCGGCUCUCGCGUGCCCGCAGGCUGCAUCCUACUACUGCAACAAGCUGGGGUUCGAGGAGCUGGCGUACCGGGGGCUGGAGACCGGCAGCAGGGAGGUGGUCUCACACGUCAUCAGGCAGGACAAGAUCGUGUUUGUUCUCUCGUCUGCUCUCAACCCAGGGAAUGAGGAGAUGGGGGAGCACCUGGUGAAGCAUGGUGACGGGGUGAAGGACAUCGCCUUCGAAGUGGAGGACUGCGACUUCAUCGUGCAGAAAGCCAAGGAGCGCGGAGCCGUGGUGGUGAAGGAGCCCUGGGUGGAGGAGGACAAAUUCGGGAAGGUGAAGUUCGCGGUGAUCCAGACGUACGGUGACACCACUCACACCCUGAUAGAAAAGCUCAACUACAAGGGCCUCUUCCUACCCGGGUACCACCCACCCCUCUUCAAGGACCCCCUGCUGCCAAAGCUACCAAGCGCCAAGCUCAACUUCGUUGACCACGUCGUGGGGAACCAGCCCGACCUCCAGAUGGUCCCAGUGGCGNNNNGGUACCAGAAGAACCUGCUCUUCCACCGCUUCUGGUCAGUGGACGACAAGCAGCUGCACACCGAGUUCAGCGCCCUGCGCUCCAUCGUGGUCACCAACUAUGAAGAGACCAUUAAGAUGCCCAUCAACGAGCCGGCGAUUGGCAAGAAGAAAUCCCAAAUUCAGGAAUAUAUCGACUACUAUGGAGGGGCCGGAGUCCAGCACAUCGCGCUGAACACCUCCGACAUCAUCUUGGCGAUCACCAACCUGAAGCAGCGGGGCGUGCAGUUCAUGGACGUGCCGUCCAGCUACUACCAGAUGCUGCGGGAGAGGCUGAAAACUGCCAAAAUCAAAGUGAAGGAGAACAUCGACAAGCUAGCGGAACUGAAAAUCCUGGUGGAUUUUGAUGAGAAAGGCUACUUGCUCCAGAUCUUCACCAAACCAGUUCAAGACAGACCCACGGUCUUUCUGGAGGUCAUCCAGCGGCAUAACCACCAGGGCUUCGGCGCUGGGAACUUCAAGUCUCUGUUUGAAGCAAUAGAAAUGGAUCAAGACGCAAGAGGAAACCUGACCGUCCUGGAGCCCAACGGGGAGACCAAGCGCAUCUAG